ACCCGGCGCGAUCCGUGAUGUAAACGAUGCACAUGCCAAUAGUGCUCGCGUUAGUGGCGAUCCAGUGUACACUCUGCCUUAGUAUCCAAGUGCCCGUGGACUGGACCGACAGUGAAGUGAAUACAAGCGAACAGUUGAAAAACACGGUCAAACAUGAACAAAAACACACACCGAACGAAUACUUCCAGUACCCGGCGAUAAAACCACAAUUCGCUAUCGACAUAGCCAAAACUCAUGGUGUUCAAUCCCCUGAAAAACUCUUUAAACCACACCCUAUUCAACCCCAUACGGGCUUACCAAAACCACAGCUAGGACAUCGAAUUCACCCGGAAAAGAUUAUUGCUCAACCUUACCGAGGAUUUGUUCAAAAUGAAGGUGGUUCAAAUUACGCAAAACCAGCCACCACAUCGUUUGAAGUUUACCACCCCUACAAAUCAGAAGAACCAGCUUUACAACAGUUAUAUAAGGAUCCAAAUCUUGAUAAAAUAAGGAAUGACUUACGAGAUAGUAAUCAGAAAUUUCAGAAGUAUCAAAACGAGGCGGGAAAACCAGAUGUCACAAAAGAUGAGUACUUAGAACGUCCAGAAGAAAUUGAUCGCAGAAAACUCCCACAAAAAAAUAUACCAACGCAAUUUGAAAUACAUAGACCUGAGCGUCGACCAGUAUAUUAUAGGUAUCCACCGAAACAGAACUUCAGAGAGCACCUCGUAAGCCAAAAACUAAGACAUCCGUGGAAUCAAAAUAUCGCCAAAGUUACACCAAUUCACUAUCGUCCAAUCAAGAACCAUUUGCAUGGAUUAAGACAACAACAUGCAUUAAAAUUCGACGAUGAACGUAAUGAAUAUCCUCAAUUACCUCCAAAGGAUGACGAGGAAGAAUCAGAGGGUUAUGAUAUAUUCCAGAAAGGUAAAGCAAGAUUUGUGCAACUAAGAAAUAACGUUGAUGAUUCAAUUAACAAAGUUCUACAAGAAAAUAGACCUUACGAUGAUCAAAAGCUUGAACUGCAGCAAAAAGAAGAAGAAGAUGACCACUCGUCCAGUGAAGUUCCAGAUGAAGAAGAUUUUGUUCUUGUCAAAAAUUAUGCUCAAGUCAGAAAAACUGAAGUAACCAAACACCUUCCCAGAGAAGCUGCACUUGAAGAUGCCGAGAGCUUUGAAGAAAUUCUAAAUGCACCGCGGUUAAGAGAAGCUAUAAAGAGUAAAAAAGCACAAAUUGUAUAUUCUGAAGAAGGGUAUGAAGAUACAGGUUACGAUCAUGCUGGGGAACAGAAACAUGCAUCAGAAAACGAAAAACAUGGUGGAUUUUUAAAGCAAGAUGCAGUCAGUAAAGGCAAAUAUAAAACACCAACUUUAAAUAUUAAACAUGGAAGUAAAAAAGGCUCAAAGCAUGGCAAUGAAAUCGAACACGAUGAAAAAUGGAACGAUGAUAUUAAAGAAAAUGAAGAAGAAGACGAUUCUGAUUACUACGAAUCUGAAGAAGGAACUUCUGACGUUAAUGAUAUAACAGAAGAAAGUGAUGAAAAUAGCCGAAACAAACGUAACAGUGAAGACAUUAUUAAGCCAGAAAGUGAAAAGACUGAUCUUAGUAGUAAAUCUGUUGCCCAUUCAAACCUUCCAAGUAAAAGACGAGAUUUAUCUCAUCACGAUUUGAACAAACGCGAAACAUUGCCAAAAACUUCUGAUGAGAAAACAAUACAAAAAGCAGCAUUCGAUAGUAAAAUAAAGUGGAAAUAUCCGUAUUACUUCCAAAAUCUUAAGCUUCUUAGUAAAAAUUCUCCAAUUCGUUAUGCUGAAAACUUUGAACUUAUUCCUAAAAAGUCCAAUGGAGGCUCUGAGUUUUAUGACUCAAGAUCUAAGCUUGAAUGCCCGGAAGUUGAAGAUGAUGUUGAUGCAUUACCUGAAAAAUUGAAAAAAGAUGGCCACCCCGAUGAAAGCAUUGAAAAUUUAAGUGAGGAAGCAAAAGAUAAAGCAAAAUUCAGUACUUUGGAAAAUAAACAAAGACUAAAAGGACUUGGCGAUAAAAUCGAUUGUUUUAAGGCUAAAUAUUUUGGGGAGAACCCAUUAGAUAGUCCCUUUUUUGAAGAAGAUAUCAUUGAAAGUCCAGAACCAGUGACUAAACCAAGUUUAAAAGUAUUUAAUAUACAAGUGGAAAAACUCACUAAAGACGAAUUACUAACACAAAGCUCAGAUAUAUUUAAUGUUCUCGACAAGUUACGUAAAAACCAAACUUAUUCGUCUACUCCAAGUGUAACAUUUAUCAUAGACAAAACUAAAGACCACUUUCAAAAUAGAACUGAAAUUAGUUCAAACGUUCAAAAUUUAACAUCUGAAUUACCCAAUUUAAACAAUUUAACAGUCACCCAUGUUCGCAAUAAAAGAGCGACACCUUUUACAUACGAACCUUAUAAGAUAAUAAGAGAUAGUCAAGUGCCAGACUCUAAGAAAACUACAACUUCAAGCAAUGUUAGCCCUUUGAUCAAGCAGCUACAGUCUAGUAGAGUGAUUGAUAAAGUUACGAACCAGGAUAAUAACCAAGCUUUAAAGAAGACUAAUACAAAAGUUUACAAAAAUAUCGGUAAAGGUGACAGGCAAGAAAAUCGCAAUGAGAGUAGUAAUGAUAAUUUUGUUCCUAAUUUUGUCGAUGUGAACUCUGACUUGCGCCGAGGAGAGCCUAAAUAUGAAAUAAGACCUGCUAAUCAUAAACCUCAAUAUUCUCCAGUAGAAAAUAAAAAAGCUAUAUCCCUCGUUGAUUAUAAAGCAAAAACUGCAAAUAUAGAAACUACGACCCAAACUCAACUUAAAAGAUCUAAAAGACGUAAACCAACAAUGAGGCCUUAUUUUGACGUUUCACAAUUUCUACCAAAAAGUAUAGAUACUCAUACUGCUGCAUCUAACACAGUACGAAGAAUUAUUCGAACAACUACGGUGGUCCCAACAACAGAACGUGAAAAACGACAUAAAUUUAGACAAAGUAAUAGUAGUGAAAAAGAAUACGAUGAAUAUAAUGACAAAGAGGAAGAUAAAGUAAAAACAACAACUACAGUUAAGCCAGUGGUAAAGAAAAGGAGUAGAGGAACGACAACAACCCCAAAACCAGCUGAAAUUGAGGAUGAUACUGAGUCACCUAAACUACGCCUUGUUACUAGAUUUCGUGACUAUGACCCAGACAAGAAAAUUGUAACACGCUAUGAUACUACCGACAAUCCUUUAAUUACAUUUGACAAUGAGCGCAGUUCUCCUAAAUACACGGAAAAGAAGAAAAAAUCUACUAAAAGCACAUUAGUGACAGAUACAAAGAGUUAUGGAGAAGGAGAUGACGGUGAUAUGAGAAAAGAAGAAGUUGAUAGUUUGAUUGGUGUUAAACAUGAUACAGAGGAAUAUAUACCACUAUAUGAAAGGGUAGUAAAUAAAAUUAAUCGCAUGAAAAAUGAGGAUUUGGAUAAAAAAAGAGAGCAAAGUUACGAUAGUGAUGUUAACAUUUAUGGUGACAAUACUAGUGAAGAUAAUUUUCAUUUUCCUAAUGAAGACGACGAAGAGGAUAACGAAGACGACGACGAUGAUGAUGAUGAUACUAAUGAUAAUGUCGAAAAUGAGGAUGAAGAAGACGAAGAUGAAGAAAAAGAGGAAGAAGAGACCGAAAGUGACACAGAAGAGAAAGAAAGCCAUUUAGAGGUUACAACUUCGGAACCUACUAAAAGGACAUUAGCUAAAACUACUGAAGCUCCAGCCACAACAACUGAAUCACGUAGUGCUAAAUUGCAAUUAAAGCCAAUCAUAUCAAAAAAGAAAGUUGAAAUACACAAAGAAUUACCAGUCAAUAAAUCAUCACCACAUGUAACUCAAUUCAAACAGGACAUUAAAGAAAUUGAAAUAGUUAAAGAGUUGACACCAAAACCCAAAAAGAAAAGUAGUAGCAAGAAUGUAGAAGCUUUAGACUUAUUCAGAGAUGAAAACUUAGCUGAAGAAGUAAAUAAACUAGGUGAUGUUGAAGUUUUUAGAGAAAACUUGGACUUGAACUCGGGACCGAAACACGGUGGAAAUUACAGAAGUAUCACAACUGAAGAAUUAGAAAAGGAAAGCCGCGAUGUAAAUGGUAAAGGUGACGUUGAAACCUCACAGACUGAAACAAAAAAGUUCAUCGAAGUAAAUAAACAAAUACCGUCAAGGAGACGUGGUACUAAUACUAGUAGAAGUAGUCCACAAGGAAAAGGCAGUGAAAGAAGUGCCAAAUUUGUUGAACUACGGGACCCCUACGAUCCGAAGCCACGCUUGCAUGGUGGAAACUUAAAAUUACCACAGAGUAGAAAUUCAAGACGUAAUAGCAAGAGUGAAAGGUAUGUUGAAAUUGACGAUGAUGAUGAUGAAGAAGAGGAUCCGUCAAACUUGCACGGUGGCAAUUUAAAACCGUAUGGAACUGGUAGAAAUUUUGGUCGGCGCAUGCAUGGUGGGAACUAUAGAAGUGCCAAACUUGUCAAAGCCGAUGAAAGUGAAGAACAACCAGCUCAAACUCGCACCAAAUCUAAGGACAGGGGUAACGCAGCAGCUUUACUUAAUGGCUAUGCGCGUGCUGUACCCGUUCUCACCACCACUCCGGUAUAUAUUUUAGACCCUAGCAAACGUAUGUACUACUACGUCGAUGCCUAAAACAGAUUAGUAUUUAUGUCAAUCAAUCCUGGUGACGAGUCGCCAGUUUUUGAAGCAUGCUCGGAGGUGUCAAAAGGUGAUAUUUAGUCUGUGUCGAUACGCGUAUGUGUCACACAAACGUAUGAAUUUGGUCUUCACUUUUUGUAUGAGCUUUGCCUAUCCGGAGUUUUAUAAUAUCUUUGAUUUAAAUCUGUAAAUAGACUUUAAGGAGUAGAAACUAGAAAGUGCCACAAACUAACUUCAUUUCGCUUUCGCGACUAACUGUGAAAGCGUAUUAUUUUAUAAUGAAAGGUUAAAAUGUGUCAACUUUUUUUUA